GGGCGGGCGGUGAGUCCGUGUUCCGCUGGCGCACAGCUGGGCCGAGGCGCGGCGGGCGGGGGCCGCCGCAAGUUUUGCUGCGCGAGCGGGGCGGGCGCGCCCGGCCCCGCCAGGGCCUAAGUUCCCUGCACUCGCUUCCUCGCCUGUCGCCGCCGCCCGCAGCCCUCCUUCUCGUGGGCGCUGGGGAAGAAACUCGUCGGCGGGUCUAACUGUGGCGUCCCAGGGCGGUGGAGGGAUGGAGCAGCUUCGGGGGCACGUCCUCGUAAAUCCCGUGGAGGACACUGACCCUGCACCCCACCCUUGAGGCCAGAAGUCGGUUCCCUCUGGGGACCUGAGGGGCGAGAGCGCUCGCGCCCCUGACUUGCAAAGUUGGCGUCUUUAUUUGGCCUCCGGGAUUCUGCGCAUGGCGUGUCUCCAGGCUGCUGAUGGGCAAGGCAGAUGUGCCAGGUCCAGAAUGCACUUGAGGAGAGUUUGUAGCCAUCCCUGAAUUACCUUAUGACUAGUGGGGCAAGCCUCAAAUUAACCUCAGGAUUUCCGGUGGCGACAGACAAAGUUGCAGAAAAGCUGAGCUCUACUCUCUCAUGGGUGAAGAACACAGUAUCGCAUACAGUCAGUCAGAUGGCCAGUCAGGUGGCAAGUCCAUCUGCUUCAUUACAUACCACAUCCUCAUCUACCACACUAUCGACACCAGCCCUUUCACCAUCUUCCCCUUCACAGUUGAGUCCAGACGACUUAGAACUCCUGGCUAAACUGGAAGAACAGAAUAGAUUGUUAGAAACGGAUAGUAAGUCUUUAAGAUCUGUAAAUGGGUCAAGAAGAAACAGUGGCUCUUCUCUUGUGUCGAGUUCAUCAGCCUCUAGCAACCUCAGUCACCUUGAAGAAGAUUCUUGGAUUCUUUGGGGAAGAAUUGUUAAUGAAUGGGAAGAUGUACGCAAAAAGAAGGAAAAGCAAGUUAAGGAACUUGUUCGUAAAGGGAUACCCCAUCACUUUAGAGCAAUAGUUUGGCAACUUUUAUGCAGUGCACAAAGUAUGCCAAUUAAGGAUCAGUAUUCAGAACUCCUGAAAAUGACCUCGCCUUGUGAAAAAUUGAUCCGAAGGGACAUUGCUAGAACUUACCCUGAACACAACUUUUUUAAGGAAAAAGAUAGCCUUGGACAGGAGGUUUUAUUUAAUGUAAUGAAGGCUUAUUCUUUAGUAGAUCGUGAGGUUGGUUACUGUCAAGGAAGUGCUUUUAUAGUUGGAUUGUUGCUUAUGCAGAUGCCGGAAGAAGAAGCUUUCUGUGUAUUUGUUAAAUUAAUGCAAGAUUAUAGACUUCGUGAACUUUUUAAACCAAGUAUGGCAGAAUUGGGCCUUUGUAUGUACCAGUUUGAAUGUAUGAUACAGGAGCAUCUUCCAGAGCUCUUUGUACAUUUUCAAUCGCAGAGUUUUCAUACCUCAAUGUAUGCAUCAUCCUGGUUUCUGACUAUCUUUCUUACAACUUUUCCACUACCAAUUGCAACAAGGAUAUUUGAUAUCUUUAUGUCUGAGGGUUUAGAAAUAGUGUUUCGUGUAGGAUUAGCACUUCUUCAAAUGAAUCAGGCAGAACUGAUGCAACUUGACAUGGAAGGGAUGUUACAGCACUUUCAAAAGGUCAUUCCACAUCAGUUUGAUGGUGUCCCAGACAAGCUAAUCCAAGCAGCUUACCAGGUCAAAUACAAUUCAAAAAAAAUGAAAAAGCUUGAAAAGGAAUACACUACAAUAAAAACGAAAGAAAUGGAAGAGCAAGUUGAAAUUAAAAGGUUACGCACAGAAAAUAGACUUUUAAAACAGCGCAUCGAGACAUUAGAAAAAGAAAGUGCUUCCUUGGCAGAUAGAUUGAUACAGGGACAAGUGACAAGAGCCCAGGAGGCUGAGGAAAACUACCUCAUAAAACGGGAGUUGGCCACCAUCAAACAGCAGAGUGAUGAGGCCAGUGCUAAGCUGGAGCAAGCUGAAAAUACCAUCAGGAAGCUCCAGCACCAACAACAAUGGCAUAAAUGCAGUUCCAACUACAACGAAGAUUUUGUGCUACAGCUAGAGAAGGAAUUGGUCCAGGCCCGACUGAGUGAAGCUGAGUCUCAGUGUGCAUUAAAAGAGAUGCAGGAUAAAGUCUUGGAUAUAGAGAAGAGGAAUAACUCCCUUCCUGAUGAGAAUAAUAUCGCAAGGCUUCAGGAAGAACUCAUUGCUGUGAAACUUAGAGAAGCAGAAGCCAUUAUGGGUUUGAAAGAACUUAGACAGCAAGUCAAGGAUUUAGAGGAACACUGGCAGCACCACUUAGCUCGUACUACUGGGAGAUGGAAAGACCCACCUAAGAAAAAUGCUAUGAAUGAGUUACAAGAUGAACUGAUGACCAUUCGACUUAGAGAAGCUGAAACACAGGCAGAAAUAAGAGAAAUAAAACAAAGGAUGAUGGAAAUGGAAACACAGAACCAGAUCAAUAGUAACCAUCUUCGAAGAGCAGAACAAGAGGUGAUUAGCCUACAGGAGAAAGUGCAGUAUCUUUCUGCACAGAACAAAGGACUCCUUACUCAAUUAAGUGAAGCAAAGCGUAAACAAGCAGAGAUUGAAUGCAAGAAUAAGGAAGAAGUGAUGGCUGUGAGGCUCCGGGAAGCAGAUAGCAUAGCUGCUGUGGCUGAACUACGACAACACAUUGCUGAGCUUGAAAUCCAGGGCACAGUAACUCACACCUGUAAUCCCAGUGCUUUGAGAGGCCAAGGUCAGGGGAUUGCUGGAGGCCAGGAGUUCAAGACCAGCCUGGGCAAUAGAAAAGAAGAAGGAAAGCUUCAAGGACAGCUUAACAAGUCUGAUUCUAACCAGUAUAUUAGGGAACUGAAAGAUCAGAUAGCAGAGCUGAAUCAUGAGCUCAGGUGCCUAAAAGGCCAGAGGGGCUUCUCGGGCCAGCCUCCUUUUGAUGGAAUCCACAUUGUCAACCAUUUAAUAGGAGAUGAUGAAUCAUUCCAUUCCUCCGAUGAAGAUUUUAUAGAUAAUUCCUUACAGGAAACUGGCGUUGGUUUUCCUUUGCACGGAAGAUCUGGCUCGAUGUCUUUGGACCCCGCAGUGGCAGAUGGUAGUGAGAGCGAAACAGAAGACAGUGUGCUGGAGACCAGAGAGAGCAACCAAGUGGUUCAAAAGGAGCGGCCCCCGAGACGAAGAGAGUCGUAUUCAACCACUGUCUGACCAUCACUGUGACCGAGACUAUGGAUUUAUUUAAGGGAUCAGUUAUCAUAUGAUUAGGGCUUUUUGGAAAUAAUUUGUUUCAUAUGUAUAUUUUAUAUAUAUAUAUAUAUAUUUUACAGUCUUAUCUGCCUUUUUAUCUUUGCCAAAUCUUUACCACUGAUUUACCAUUGCCAUAAAGUAGACUGGUAUAUGGUUAAUGUGUAAAACAAGGUUCUAACAGUAUUACUGAAUAUUAAUGUUUCUUGUUUAGAAAAAUGCAACUGUAUCUAUAUGUGGGAACCAUUCUGAAGUUCAAAACUAUGGAAAAUUGAAUUUUCUUCAGACAAAACUGCUCUUGUGCAAUAUUUUAUGCUCAGUGAGCAAAUUGUGUAUUUAUGUUUAUCAAUUUGUUCUCAAGGUGGCUGUCUACAGACAUUUGACCAAGACAUACAUCUGAUUUACCUUGUGUUUUGUUUUUUUUAUUGUUGUUUUUUUUUUAAGAUGGAGAUUCACUCUGUCACCCAGGCUGGAGUGCUGUGGUGUGAUCUCAGCUCACUGCAACCUCCACCUCCCAGGUUCAAGCAAUUUUCCUGCCUCAGCCUCCCGAGUACCUGGGACUAUAGGUGCGCACCACCACGCCUGGCUAAGUUUUUGUAUUUUUAGUAGAGAUGGGGUUUCACCAUGUUGGCUGGGCUGGUCUUGAACUCCUGACCUCAAGUGAUCCACCCACCUCAGCUUCCCAAAGUGCUGGGAUUACAGGCGUGAGCCACUGCACCCAGCCUACCUUGUCUGUUUGUGUCUGGGAGGUUUUUUUUAUUUUUAUUUUUUCAUGAAAAUUAUUGGUGGGCCACUGAAAGUCCCCACACACAAAGCCUUUAUUCUAUAUAAUUUCAUAAACACAAAUUCAUGAUUAUCUGUUUUGAGAGUUUUAAGUUUUGUUUUAAUGUUUAACUUUUAUGUGCAUAUGAUGCUUCCAUGUGUUGAUUACUAGAGUAGUAGGUUAACUAUACAGACAUACUGUUUAUUUGUACAUAUUUAUAAAUCUGUACCACCUAACAUUGAACAUCAUUUUAUAUGAAGAACAUACAUGUUGCAAAAUGACUGCUUUCAGCAUCUAACAGGACUUCUGUAAAUAAUAGGUUAAAAGUUAAAAAUAAAACACUAAUGUUUUAAGAGCUUUAGUAUUUUGCUUAGCAUUCAACACUAGCAGAUUCAUAACUGAUGCCUGUUCAAAAACACUAUUGGUGGAAUCUUUUAUUUCAUGUAGCUACUAAAUUUUUCAUGACUGAAGAGGUUAUAGCACGUAUUAGUUAGUGCUAAUAUUCUACUGAAUAUAAUUUAAGCAAUGGGCUAAGGUCCAAGAAACAUAGCAAUUAUAUCUACAAAUAAUCUAUUAACAUGAUCUUCAGAAUCUCUAGUUUUUGUUCUAUAGAUAAAGCCAUAAGAAUCCUUUCCUACCAGUUUUUCCUAUAUCAUUUAGAUAUUAUUUCCUAGAAAACAGGAUGCCCGUCACUGAUAAAUUAGAGAAAACACCCAAAUUAUACUUGCACUAUGGAAAGACGACAUGAAUAUGUUGACUGGGUACUUUCUACUCUCAUUUUUGUUAGCCUAUGAAAAAAAAACAUUUUGUUAACCUAUGGAAAAAGCCUUGGAAGAGAAAAGUAGAAUUCAGUAUGUAUGGAGGCACAGUUUUGCACAGUAUGUUGCAUGCAGCAAAAAAAAUUAUGAAAUAGAGUAGAAGAGAUAAAAGUCAUUUUCUGUCAAAAACUAGGAGUUAAGCCUUCAGGUACAUUGUGGACUAGGCUUUCCAGCAAGGUUUUUGUAGCUAUUUGCUUGCCUGAGAAAUGAAAUUGAAAACAUACCCCUGUGUCUGUCCUUAACACCAGGCUAAAUUCUGGUGGUUAAAUAACUUAUCUGUGGUUACAAGCUAGUAAGUAGCAGAGCCAAGAAUUUUUUUAAUAUAGAGACAGGUGUCUCACUGUGUUGUCCAGGGUGGUCUUGAACUCCUGGCCUCAAGCAGUCCUCCUGCCUCAGCCUCCCAAAGUGUGGGGAUUACAGGUGCGAGCUACUGCGCCCAGCAAGAGCCAAGAUUUUAAUCUAGAUCUCCCUAAAACCAAAGCUUUUGAAAGGGUUCAGCUGAAGAAUUUUUCAAUUCUCUGUUUUGUUUUGUUUUUAUUUUUGUUUUUUGAGAUGAAGUCUCACUCUGUAACCCAGGCUGGAGUGCAGUGGUACGAUCUUGGCUCACUGCAACUUCCACCUCCCGCGUUCAAGCGAUUCUCCUGCCUCAGCUCCCAAGUAGCUGGGACUACAGGUGCACGCCACCACAACUGGCUAAUUUUUGUAUUUUUAGUAGAGAUGGGGUUUUGCUAUGUUGGCCAGGCUGAUCUCAAACUUCUGACCUCAGGUGAUCCCCACCCGCUUUGACCUCCCAAAGUGCUGGGAUUACUAGACGUAAGCCACCACACCUGGCAAUUCCCUGCUUUUUUGACAAUGUAAUUUAAAUGAAUUUGAUUUAAAUGUCUCCUGAAUAUAUAUACAGAUAGAUAUAUGAGUAUCAACACUUACAAGCUCUACACAGUCUGUAAGUGUAGAUACUACUUACUCGUAGGAUUGUCUUGUGCUUUGGGGAUUUUUGUUCGGAGUUCUAUACUAUCAGCCCAGAAAGCUGUCAAUGUCCAAGUGAAGUGAGAUGAUGCGUGGCCACAUUAUUGCUUUGACCCUCACAUCAAGAAAUCUGAAUGAUCUGGACCAGGGGUCAGCAAACUGCAGCCUACAAGCUAUUCCAGUCAGCUGCCAGUUUUUACUUUUUUAAAUAGUUGGGGAAAAAAUUCCAAAGACUGAUAUUUUGUGUCCCAUGAAAAUUAUAUGAAAUUCGAAUUGCAGUGUCCAUAAGUAAAGUUUUAUUGGGGCACACCCACGCUCACCCUUUUAAAUAUUGUGUAUGGCUGCUUUGUGCUACAGUAGCAGAGUUGAGUCAUUGCAAGGGAGACCAUAUGGCCCAGGUAGCCUAAAAUAUUGAUCUGAUCCUUUACAGAAAAAGUUUGCUAACCCUUGAUAACAGAUACUCUAAAAUGCAGGUUUUUCUUCUUCAGUUUAGCUCAGUGGUAGGUCAAAUUGUUUGCUUUUGCUAUUAAGCUUAUGAUUUGGAAACGUAAAAUUUCAUGGUGGAUCUUAUACUCAGAACUAUUCAAAAGGGAAAACAUGCAGCCAUUUUAUAUGAUGAAGUCUCUUAUUCCAUAGAAAACUGUAGAAAGAUAUCUGUAUCUUUGGAAAGGAGAAAGAAAGGAAAGAACUCCAGAAUCCCAUCACUGUUCUUUAAAGCAUGCAUCACAGGCCUUUAAGGGUAUGCUUUAUUGAGUAAAGGUUAUAGUUUGACUUUAAGAUAAGAUAAUUUUCUAGAAUCAUGUUUGAAUUCUAAACUUUGAUAUUCUUAAGUACCAUUUCUGAUUAUGAAUUAGGUGUUAAAAUAAUCAUGGUAAGGAAACCUUAAUCUGUUGAAACUCUUGUAAUUUGGACAACAAAAAAACUAGAAAUAACACUCUUUUCUUUGAAGAUCUAAUUCAAAUACACCUUAGAAGAGUUUAAAAUCUCCCAGGCCUUUAGGAUGCAAUAGGAUAUUAUGCCCUGGUUUGACUCCUUUUCAUUCAAAUUAAUGUAAGUAUGUUGUUCAAGACUUUGAAGCAUUGAACAAUGUUCUCGAUGAAUUUUAUUUAAUCACUGACAUUUUGUGAUAUUUAAAUGUUAUUAAGUUAAACACUUAGAGUUGAGUAUAUUCGGGGAGAAAAGUGAAUGAAAUGACUCAUAAUAAGAAAGCUUGCUCCCUUGGGAUAAUUACCUUCCUGGUGUCAUUGCCAUCCUGGGUUGACAAGCUGCAAGUAGAGGAUACAAGUGAUGUGAAUAAAAUGGAAAUUGCAUUGAGUUAAUGAAACAGACACUUUUAGAUCAAGAAAACACUUCAACAGCCUUUUUAAAAAUUGGCACACUCCUACAGUCCCAGCUACUCAAGAGGCUGAGGCAGGAGGAUCACUAGAGUACAGGAGUUUGGGGCUGUAGUAUGUAAUGAUCACGCCUGUGAAAGAAUAACCACUGCACUCCAACCUGGGCAACAUGGCAAGACCCUGUCUCUUUAAAAAUUAUUCUUCCUGGGAAAAGAAGUCAAAGAAGUAACUUUACACAAUUUCUACCCCCACCAUGUUUUUUGUUUGUUUGUUUUUUGGCUAGAUACUAGGUAUUCAGUGUUUGCUAACUGAGAUGUCAGGUUUCAACUAAUCAGCCAGUUAUUUGGGAAGGAGAAAAACUUUUUCUCAACUCUGAACAUGAUGCAGUUUAUUAACUCUCCAGAUAGUGCCUUUGAUUGAAAAUAAGGUCUACACCUUUUUAAGAAUAUUAUUUCUGACAUCAGAAGAAAUAAUUUAGUUCCUUAUUCUCAUUUAUCUUUUAUAUAAUGCACUGUAAUAUUCAGGUUUAAAGUAAAAUAAGUAUAUGAAUUAUAUUUUGGUAAAACUGUUUCAUGACCAGCUUGAUUAAUGUAUAUUAACAUACCAGACAUUGACAGCAAACAUUUCAUGAAAUCAAUUAUGUACUUACUAAAACAAUGAGUUUUAGCUUGAAAGUUACUGCUGCUCUAUUAUUAACAAAACUAAGUUUUAAAAAUUAAUUUUAAUUCUGCUGAAAUUUAAUUUCUGGUUAAAGGUAUAGUGGAUGCUAUUUAUGAUCCAAGUUUUUACAUCACAUCUAUUGAUCUGCCUAUCCCUUCUUUUUACUCCAAAGAGGAGAUGAUAGAAUAAUACAUUCAGUAUACUACCAAGAAGCAAAGUUACAAUGUGUUUCAUUUUACUGUUGGAAUUUUUUAUUGUAACAUUGUAUGAUAACCUGAAAUGUUUACGUGUGCCUUUUCUUUAAACAAUUAAAGUUUUCCAUUUUAUAAGAA